CAGGACGUUAUUCCACAACCGUCUCCUGACGAAUCUAGCGUUUGUCUCUCUAAUUAACUGCUCUAUAUAGACCUCUGUUUUUGCACAUUUUUUUUUAAGAAGGUAAAGUUAGUCUCUUCUGCCAAGCGUUAUAAAAUAAUGCAGAUGGAGGAAGGGCGUGCAUCAUUGCCAACACUAGCUCGUUAGUCUAAUUCACGCAGUCUGUUAUUCUCAGAGGCGGCCGAGGUCUGGAAUCAUGCUCUGGAUCCUGGUGCCAAAGCCCAACUUCCGUCCUGAUUGUAGGCAAACACGCUGGCACCUCAGGUGCCCCCCAACCCGGCAAAUUUCUCUGUUGCCAUUGGCAACGGCAGGCACUGCCCCAGGUUAGCCUGGCAAGAAAAGGUGGGACUUCCGUAUCUCAAAGCCAAUGUACCUGCAGAAAUUAGCCAGUUACGCAGCACUUUCUGUCACGUGACACUAAGAGCCAAUGCUAGUGUAUAGCGGAGGGCUCACGUGUCUCCGUUCCCAUUGGCAACCCGCGGCUUCUAAACAACCUACUUUCCUCAGGCCCUGGGUGCCGGCCUCUCUAUUUCCUGUCUGAUCCCGCCACCACCAUGGCAGAGUUGGGCCUAAAUGAGCACCAUCAAAAUGAGGUCAUUAAUUACAUGCGUUUUGCUCGUUCAAAAAGAGGCUUGAGACUUAAAACAGUAGAUUCCUGCUUUCAAGACCUCAAGGACAGCAGGCUGGUGGAGGAGACUUUCACCAUGGAUGAGGUUUCAGAAGUCCUAAAUGGGCUGCAGGCUGUGGUACACAGUGAGGUAGAGUCCGAGCUCAUCAAUACAGCUUACACCAAUGUCCUGCUCCUACGGCAGCUGUUCUCACAAGCUGAGAAGUGGUAUCUAAAGCUACAGACAGACAUCUCUGAACUUGAAAACAGAGAAUUAUUAGAACAAGUUGCUGAAUUUGAAAAGGCAGAAUUUGUAUCUUCAAAUAAAAAGCCCAUCAUAGAUAUCACAAAGCCUAAACUUGUUCCAAUUAAUGAAGGUGGAACAACAGAGCUUCUAAACAAGGAAAUUCUAAGACUUCAACAAGAGAAUGAGAAACUAAAGUCAAGGCUGAAGACCAUUGAAAUACAGGCUGUAAAUGCUCUGGAUGAGAAGUCAAAAUUGGAAAGAGUACUUCAAGAUUUACAUCUUGAUCAAGGAAAUCAACAGGAUUUUAUAAAGGCCCAAGACUUGGAUGACUUGGAAAACACAGUUGCAGCUCUUAGGAGUGAAUUUCAGAAGACACUUAAUGACAAGACAGAAAACCAAAAGUCUUUGGAGGAGAACCUAGCAGCAGCCAAACAUGACCUCCUCAGAGUACAGGAGCAGCUGAGCAUGGCUGAAAAGGAAUUAGAGAAGAAAUUUCAACAAACAGCAGCUUAUCGAAACAUGAAAGAGAUUCUUACCAAAAAGAAUGAUCAAAUCAAAGACCUACGGAAAAGACUGGCAAAGUAUGAAUCUGAAGAUUAAAGACUGGAGGUUUUGUCUAGAACCUGCCACACAUGAACAUACAUGUUAUCUCCAUCCACCUCAAGCAUGUAUUUUGAAGCAUUUUGUCACAUUCUCUUCUUUUUCCAAUGUUUAGGCUUUCCUUGUAAUAUUAGAACUAUCAUUCUUAUCUUCAGUUCUGUAAUUGCAAAGAGAAAAAAAUGUAAUGAUUCUUUUCUAUUGUCCCAAACACCUCUCUGUCAAAUGCUCCAGAGCCUCCAUGCAAGUACAGUGAGAUUUCUUUAUGGUAGAAAGCAGUUUAAAGUGGGAAGAAGAGCCAUCUUUUGCAUUAGUGAGUGAACCUUUCAAUGUCAGAGAAGCUGGUAACAUCUAUAUUUGUACAGUCCCUGAGUAUAAAGAUAAAUAGUAAAGUUAUUAAGAUUUACAAAUAAACCUUUUAUUUUUAAUAAUGAAAUCUUAAUUUAUCUGAUCAUCAAAAUGUAUACACUCAUGGAAAAUA